AGGCAUUUUUUAUAUUUAACGAAAGUGUAUAUCUGUCAUAUGCUGAAAAAAUAGGUGACAAAAGAUUUUCUUGCUGCGAAUAAAAUUUGAUGAACAAUUAAAAGAAUUUCAACUAAAAAUAAUAAAGAUAUAAUAGUCACGAAAACGAGUCCAUUUAUAGUGGCUUCUUUGGAUUAGUUUGUUUUCAAUUUUUCUUGGUUUUAGUGAGUUCCUGUCGUCUCUACAACUAACCGUAUUGGAUUAAUUGACAACUUUCUAACAUACAUAUUUAAUUAAACAACGCGAAUAGCUAUUGUAUGGCUGUUCGCUAAAUGGAUGUUUUGAACCUGUAAUAAAAUAAAUAAUAAUUGCGUAGCAUAACUCGGACAAGUAGAAGAUGAGUGUUAUAAUUCGUUUGCAAAAUUUGCCGUGGUCGGCAAAUGCAUUGGAUAUACGACAGUUUUUCAAAGGUCUCUCAAUACCGGAUGGAGGUGUUCACAUUGUUGGUGGUGAAAUGGGCGAUGCUUUUAUCGCAUUCAGCACCGACGAAGAUGCCCGCCAAGCGAUGAUGCAUGAUCGUGAAAAAAUCAAUGAAGUUCAAGUACGUCUUUUACUAUCGUCGCGGGCUGAAAUGCAAAAGGUGAUCGAAACUGCACGUUUACAGUCUAUGCAAGCCCUCAAAAAUGCUGGUUCCAUACCAGCUAUCAAAGCUACUGUAGCUUCACCGUCCAUAUCCAAUCCGCAGCCACCAGUCAUUACCCCAAAUAGUCUACAUAAUAUUCUUUCGAGUGCAGCACCAUCAUUUUUGGCAUAUCAAAAACAAGCUGGCAUCACACUUGUGGAAACGGCAAAUGAACCCAACACUAAUGAAUCGGCGAGUACAUAUCGCAACAGCGUUGAAAAGACUCGCGAUCGCCGACGUUCUACAUCACGAGACCGUCGUCGAUCACGAUCACGUGAACGUAAUGAUCGUAACGGUUCACGCCGUGGCCGACGUGAUAGAAGUCGCUCUCGAUCGCGAGAUCGCGAUUGGAAGAGUCGACGAUCUAACCGUCGUUCAAGAAGCCCAGAUCGUAGUCACGACAGAAAUAGAGAUCGCAGUCCCGAUCGUAGCCGAAACUCUAGUAGAAGCAAUAUGAAUAGCAGAGAACGCGAAAAUGGAAAUGGUCAAUCUAAUAAACCCAGCACCGAUGUACUUGGCAACAAACCGCAUCCUAAACUAUUAGAUAUAAAUGAGAGUUCUAAUGCCAAAGUGGCAAGUAUUUCCUCUUGGGGUAUACCUGGCCUCAACUCGUAUCAAACAAACAAUGCAGACAACAUUGGUGGUGCUACGCCAUUUUCUAUUGCUGGCUCCAACAGCAAUAAUAUUCUGAACCCAUUUAGUGUGGGUAACGCUAUUCCGGGUUUACGUGGCUCACAGAUGGCGAAUUCAUACACCAGCAGCGUCGACAACAAAAGUCCUGAUUCUCAAUCUAGCAUUGGCGCCGUUAAUAUACCAGCAGGCAAUGUCAUUCCAGGAUUUCAAAGCUACUCCUCUUCGGUCUCGACCACAAAUAAUUACAGUAUAAAUUUAUUCAAUUCUAAUUCAAAUAGUAGUGAUUCGCCUAAAACCUUUGCACUGCAAAAUCCCUACACGGCUGCGGUACAACAGGCUACAGUGAAUACAAACUCCACAGAAUCAACCAGCUCUUUAAUACGUAGUCCCACGCAACAGAAGACAAAUACAAUGUUCCCUGGUCUAAGUUUAGUCGACAAGAAACCAGAUAUAUCUUUGUCACAAGGUAAUCCAUCUGCAGCAUCGACGUCUAAUUUUUCGUCAGUAAGUCAGUUGUCACAAGAGCCCAUCGCAUUUGCCAAUACCAACCCUUAUGCCCAGAUGUAUCCGAAUCUGUUCGCACAGGCCGCUGCUGCCAGUAUUGCCAAACCAAGCAGCAUUCAGCAGAAGUCAAGAGAGCCAGAAACGCAGCGUUCUAGAGAGCCGGUAAAAGAGAGUUGCUGUAUCAAGGUGAGCGAUAUGUGUGCGAGUACCACUUACAGUGAUGUGCGUAAAUUCUUCAUGGGUCUAUUUAUACCACAUAACGGUAUCAAAAUGGUGAAUGAUAAACAUGGUCUACGCAUCGGCGUCGCGUACAUACAGUUUUCGCGAACAUCCAGCGUCCAUAAAGCAUUGAUGCGUAAUAAUUCCAUUCUUAAAACGAAAACAGUAAAAGUGGAGAUCGUAACUGAUGAGGAAUUCGAACAAGUGGAGGACAGUUAUCGGCCGCAGGGACGAUUUGACCGUGACCGUGGAGACCGCAACUAUCAAGAUAAUCGCGGCGAUUACGAUCGUAAUGAUGAUGACAACGAUGGUGAUACGAAGAAUCGUGGUGAUCGCGAGUCGAAUUCUGACAUUGAAUACAAAUCGGAACCUUUCACCGUACUCUAUAUUGAAGAUAUACCAUCAUCGGCGGUUGAACACGACCUCAUGCGCAUGUUCUCAUCCUACACUAUUUUCGAUAUCCUAUUGACACCCAGUCGUGAAAAUCGCCGAGAAUUCAAAGGACAUGUGCUCUUCUCACGUGCCGAAGAGGCAAAAGCAGCUUUAGAGGACAAAUCGCGGCAUAUGAUUGGCUACCGCAAAGUUCGUGUACGUCCAGCAACAGUCGAAGAAAUGGAGCGAGAAAAAGAGAAACUACGUUUGGCUAACGAGCAGUUGAUGAAAGAGGAAGAAGCGCUUGCUGAAGCGGAAAGAUUAAAAGAAGAACAAAAUCAAGGUGAAGAUGAUAUGGAUGUAGCGGAUGACACGAGCAGUCUAGCAUGCACCGAUGCUAACAACGACAUACAGUUAGAUGAUCAAAAUGAACGCAACAAUCCAACAGAUCCUAGAAAUACUAAGAUACCCAGUCUUUUCGAUAUUGGUUCGAUAAGGAGUGAUGAUUUGGCAAGAGGUGACAAUGGGAACAAUAAUACACCAAGUGAUCCACGGCUGCGUCGUCAGAAGCCCAGCCGCUUUGAACCUUUAAAACCCACAGACGACAUGAACCUGAAUAUGAAUCCCGGUAACAUGGGUAUGGACAGUAAUAUGAGUAGCAAUAUGAAUAUGAACUCCAUCAUGAAUAUGACCAACAACAAUAUGGGCAUGAGCAACAACAUGGGCAUGAGCAACAACAUGGGUAUGAGCAACAACAUGGGUAUGAGCAACAACAUGGGCAUGAACAACAACAUGGGUAUGAACAAUGGUGGCAAUUUCAUGGGACCAAUGAUGAAUAACAACAAUAGAAACAUGAACAGCAACAACAUGAUGAACAACUCGAACGGAAUGAACAAUUUUAUACUUAUGAAAAACUGCGAUUAUAAUACGCGUAUAAAUGAUAUCGCUGACUUGUUGCAGGGCGCAUUUCUACGUCUCAAACACAUUGAACCAUUACGCGGUGAACGCAAUAUGCCCACUGGUGAAUUCAUUGUCGAAUUCCAAGAUGCUCGCGAUGCAGAAAACGCCUUACGUCAAUUCAAUAACACCACGUUUCGUCAACGAAAACUUCGUAUACGCCCGAUAAUGCCCCAAGAGAUCGCUGACAAAAUUGGCAAACCAUUCAUGAAUUGUUACCCUGGUGGUGGUGGCGGUGGUCCCGGCGGACGACCACCAUUCGACAGGAAUCCAUUUAUGGGAAAUGAUGGUCCGUCUAUGAUGAACAUGGGCGGUGGUUCUGGUGGGCGCUUCGGCAAUAACAACAUGAACAACGACAAUAAUAAUGGGCGUGGCGGUAGUGGAGGUAAUAGCAGUGGCAGUGGCAGUGGGUCAAUGAUGAAUCGCGGUAGUCGCGGCGGCAACAACGGUAGUUAUCACAAUGAUCAUUCAAAUGGUGGAAUGCGCAAUCGCAGUGGACGCAGUAACAACAGCGCUUCAAGUCACGAUGGCCACAACUCCGACCAGGAUGAUGAUGUAGUGCAAGUCAUUGAUGAUAGCAGCAACGAUGUGGUUAUUAGUGGCGAUAGCAGACCCAACCGCGAUGAUGGUGACAAUAGCGGCAUACCAGAGAAAUUUGCGCGCCCCGGCUGUGUGAUAGCCAUGGAAAAUGUGCCCUACAAGGCCGAACUUAUAGACAUAUUGAAGUUUUUCGCUGGCUAUGAUUUAACACCAGAUGAUAUUAUAAGACGCUUUAAUGAUGACGGUACAGCGACGGGUGACGCACGUGUUGCGUUCGCCUCGCCAUCAAUGGCACGUUCGGCCUACAAUUCACGACGAAGAAAACAGAUUUUCAAUCGCACUAUACGCUUGUCAUUGCUGUAGGGCAGCGGAACACAUAUUCCAAAAGGGUGGCUGUAAAUAUGGGGUAGAUUACGUUUAGAUAUACACAAAUACAUACAUACAUUAUGUACAUUAAGUUAUAAUUCUAAGAUUUGAGCUACUUAAUAUUCAAUAUUUGUAUUUUGUAAAUACGAGACAAUAUGAUAAUGAAAUAUCAGAUAACACAAUUGCAACGAUGGGAUGUUGAACUUUUAUACACAAACAUACUUACUUAUGUUAGAAUUAAAUUUUGUUUAACGUAAAUAAUAUAUGUACAUAUGUAUAUAGCAUAAACAUAAUUAAUGUAUAUCUAUGUAUAAUAUACUUUCUGUUAUACCAGACAAAUGUUGUGUUAUUUAUUCACUUCGAUUUAAUUAGUUAUUGGGGAACUAUAAUUUUUAUAACCUUAAAUAGCAUAUAUCGGUGCCAUUCACUAAACGACGCUAAAAUUUGUAAAAUACAUUUUUGACUCCCACCAUCGAAGUAAAAGAGGCAAUGAAUGCAGAAUUCAAGAAUUGAGCAACCGACCGAUACAACAGCUCGCUUUUGUUUGAUAUUGAUUACAUAGCAAUGAAUUUAGUGUUGUUAAUCCGGAAGUCCUGAAUUAUUCAGAACAUGUCUCGAUACCAUUAACUCUUCAUUGUUACAUGCACAUAAACUGGAAUUACAGGUUUGUGUUCUCAAACUAAAAUCGUUAUAACUCUCAAAAUUCAAAUUGAAUAAAAAAAAAUUACUUGCGGAUAUCGAUUUGAUUAGCAGCGCGUUCAAUGUGUGCCUUCAGUGUCAAAACAUUGAUAAAUUUUUGUAAUUAUUAUAUUUAAUUGCUGUCGCAUCUAUUAUAUAAAAACAUACUUAUUACUAAGUUUUGAUUUAAGGAUUUGCUAAAGUUGUUGUUGAAAUUCAUUUGGAAGUUUGAAAUAUAUUGCUUUAUAUUUUUAAGUACAGACAUAGUCACUGAACAUACUGCUAAGAACUUUUUGGCCAGCAAUUUCUUGCUUGCGUCAAGCUUGUGCACUAUUUUAUUUAUUAUGUAGAUAUGUAUGCAUAUAUUUGGACUGUUUAGAAACGUUUGUAUUUGAAAUAUAUAAAUAUAUUCCUUUUAAAUAUAGCGAAGCUCUUUGUGAAAUUAAAUAUUUGCAUUAAUGUAGUAUAGUGAAAGGGGAUUGCUCUUUACACGAACAAUAGAAAUUUCAAAGUUACUGAGGAAAAGGAAGUGAGUUUAAAUAAGGGUUGAAUAAAAGAAAGAAAGCUUAGGGUUUAUUUUAGAGGCUUAAAUAGAAACAGCAAUUUACGAGUCGUGGACACAGUACGCGUUUAGGUUCAAGUUGCGAUAAGUUGAUUGUUCUACAAAUAAAGUGGUAAGAAGUAAAUUUGCUAUUAUAAAGAUAAUGAAAAAACAUCGCUAUAGGCCUGAGUAAAUCCAUUUUUAUUCAAUUUAAAUAUGUUCAAUUAGGUUGUGUUACAAAACUUCGUUGACCUAAUGAGAGCGGCAGUCAAAGUACUAUUGUAUUUUCAAAGCUGCAUGAAAAUUAGAACUUAAAAUUCGACUGCUGCAGAACAUUAAUUUAAAAUAGUUCGAUCACCUAUUGGCAUAACAUUACAUAUUUACAUGUUGCUACGUAAAAUGAUUUUAAGUUAUACAACACUUAAAAAUAAGAAUACAAACUAACCGAAAUAUAUAUGUAUAUAUGCAUGGAUGUAUAUAUAUAUACUUCUUUUAAGUCAAAAUAUUUCUGUGUAUGUUUAUGUUUAGCUGAAAUUCAUUGCUGAUGUUGAUUUUCAAUUUCCUUCCUAUUUAAGUUUCUUCUGGCAAAAAUCUAGUUGUAUGUUGUAUGUGUUGACGACUGCUACCAAGACUGCUCUGGCUAGGAUUAGAACAAAAGCGCAUCAUCGUCUAAGUCGCCGUUUUGAUGAGCUAUACGAAGCGAGCGCCUUAAGGAGCCUUGAUAACCUGGACCAGAACUUGGUCUUUUCAGUAAGGGAUUAUGUUUAAACGUGUUCAGGUUGACAUGUGAAUCCCACUAUAUACAUAUGUACAUUCAUUAUUAUUAAAUACUGCUAUUACAUAAAUAUAAAUCAAUUAUUCAACUCACCGAACCGGAUACAAUCUCUGAUCGAACAGGAUGCCAUGACAAGUCGCGCACAAUAUCUUUAUGUCCCUCAAUAGCCUCUUUUAUUUGCCCUGUUAGUACAUCGUAAACUGAAAAUAUAACAACAACAAAAAUGUAAGAGGUUUUAUAUGCCUUAAGUUUAUCUAAUGAAUAAACCGUUAAGUGUCAAUAUUUGAAAAAUCAUCUGUUUAGUGCGGACAAUAAAAAUGUUAAGAUAACAAAAGCUUACUUAUAAUUCUGCCUGUGCCACAGCCAGUGUAUAUGUAACGCUGUCCAGUUUGUAGGGCUGGAGAGAAUUUGGCUCGCAAUAAGCUCUUUGUAACACGAUGACCGCGAUAGGUCAUUACGCUAACGUCACCCUCCAACGUUGCUUUUGGAUUGUAAUCUAAAAGUAACUUAAUGCUUACAACCAUAUUUAAUUAACAAAAUGUCUAUAGCAAACUCACAUUCGCGUGGUACUGUAUCCCAUCGAUAAUCCCAUGGAAUAAGUGGCAGUUUCACUUUAUUUAAUUUGUUACUGGGAGUUGUCAUCCUCAUAUCCCAUAUUUUUAUGCUUUGAUCUUUGGAGUUGGUUAAUACAUAAUGCCCAUCGUUACGUGAAUCAAUGUAAGUAAUGCCAUCCAAAUGACCUUUGAAUAUGCCUACUGGUGUAUGCCUAACGCUAGUGCAGCUAUUUCUGUUGUUACUGUAACUACUGCCUGAACUAUUUCGCCCACGGACGGUGCUACCAGCACACCGUAAAUCCCACAACUUCAACACGCCAUCAUUGCAACCAGAAACGAAUAUAUUUGAAUCUUGAUCGCUUACAAAACUAACAGCAUUUAUAUCGUCUUUCUCAUUUCGUUGUGUAUUUAUCAUUCGUACAGCAUGUGUCUCGCGAUCGGCUACAUAAAUUAACGAAUUAUUACUACCACCGAUUAUUUGUUGCCCGCAUGGUGAAAACCGUAAUGAGAAUAUAGCGGAGCGUGAUUGUUCGGCAUUUAAAUUGAAAAACUGCACAUCUUUACCGUCACUAUUUACGGGUAAAACAAAAACUGAAGGAAAGAUAUAGAUUUAAAAUAAGAGAAUUAGAUACAUUGAAUUGCAACUCACAAGCAUCUGACCAUGUGGAAUACGCUAAGUAUUGACCACAAGGACUAAAGUCUACAUCCAGAAUACUCCAGUUACAUAUAUCCGUUACAAUACGAUUAAUGCGGUGGUAUGUUCCCUUUGAAGAGUCAAAAACGCGAAUUACUGAAUCUGCGAGGGAAAAGAAUAGGCAAUUAUUAGUAUAGUAGUUACAUUAAAAAAUAAAAAUAAAAUAAUAACCUUGGCAAGCAGUAACCAAUUUGCUUCCAUCUUUAUUAAAUUUGCAUAUGAAGACUUUGGCUUCCAAUGACAUUAGACGCUCCUCUUUGUUAUUAGGCACGAAUAAAUUUGCAAUCCGACGUUGCUGAUUUGGUGUAAAUGACCCGGCUGGGUGUGCGGCUAUUCCAUUCUCACGCUUAAAUAAUCCACGCGUCAGCGACCAACGAUCACUGGGACGAUUGCUGUUUGCUGGUAAAGCACAUAAGGCUUUUAUUUCUUUGUACAACAUGGUGUGCUGUAACAUAAGUAAAAGCGUAAAACAACUAUAUGACACUUCUAUAAUAGCAACUUACGCGAAAUGUUCGCAAAUCUGGUUUCUUUCGUAUCACAGGCAUUUGCGCUGUUGGUCUCUCCAAAGGAUUCAAUCGUUCCAGACGCUCCAAUUGAUUCAUUACAGUACCAACGGCCAAACUCAAUUGUUCGCCAAGCACAUCGUCCACAUCCUCAUCAUCGAAGUCAUCUUCGUCAAUUUCAUACACAAUAUGGUUACCCAUUCCUGAAACUAACUAC